ACUUGAAUCGUGACCCUCAAAACAAUUUACAUAAACAACGUAUCUCCAGACUCGGGCGCUCAAUUCCAGCCCGCGCCAGCCAUGACAACCCACGCACUCCUACAAGCAUUCAAAGCCUCCAAGCCCGCAUUCGGCGCAUGGAUCACCCUGCCAGGCGUACUGAACGCACGCGCAGUCGCACAAGCCAGCCCACACCUCUCCUGGGUAAUGAUAGACUGCGAACACGGCCUUACAUCGCUCCAGCCCGGCGCUGCAGAGUCUAUCCAGGCCAUCACCGGUCUUGGACCUAACGCGCCGAGUCCGCUCGUGAGGAUCCCGGCUACGGGGUUUAGUAAUAGUACGUCGUGGCAGAUCAAGUAUGCGCUUGAUGCUGGCGCAAGGGGUGUGCUUGUUCCUAUGGUGUCUACUGCUGAGAAGGCGAGGGAGAUCGUGGCGGAUAGUCGGUUCCCUCCAGGGGGCCGGCGCGGCUUUGGAAGUCCGUUCACUCAUGGCACCUGGGGCGUCAAUGCCGCCGAGUACCUCAAUUCUGCAAAUGAAAAUGUAGUUGUUAUGAUACAGAUAGAAACGAAGGAGGGCGUGAAAAAUGUUGAGGCUAUUGCCGCUGUGGAUGGCAUUGAUUGCUUAUUCAUCGGUCCUUACGAUCUUUCCCUCGCAAUUUACUGCACCUCAGGAAAGCAGUCCCUUAAACGUGCUGAGGAAGGCUUCGACAUAAUUAAUGUCACUUCUGACAUUGGUGCCAUGACCGAGUCGCUGGCAGCAAGCCUUACCGCUGCAGUAGGCGGAGAGUCUGGAGCUGCAGCAUUCCGAUACUGAUAUUGGAGAUCGAAGCAGUUUUCGGCAAUAAAUGUACACCAAUGUAGUUUAACGACUCGGACACACUGAAUAAAUCAUUGAUUCCUUCACAUA